UCUUUAUACACAAAGGUGUUUGCUCUCCCUUUCUUCUCCCUGUCUGUUUCGCUCUCCAGAGUUGAUCAGUGAAUUGUUUGAAGAGAAUUUAAACAUACAUGUCUCUGGGUUAUGCAGAGAAGCUCUCUUACAGAGAAGAUGUGGGCACUGUUGGAAUGUCCGAGAUUUUCGACUCACCCCACGUUUUGCAUCAAAACAUUAAAAAGCUUGCGCUGAUGAUACAGAAGAGUAAGCACCUAGUAGUAUUUACAGGUGCAGGAAUAUCAACAUCUUGUGGGAUACCUGAUUUCCGAGGUCCUAAGGGAGUGUGGACACUUCAGCGUGAAGGAAAAGGCGUGCCUGAAGCAUCCUUGCCUUUUCAUCGGGCAAUGCCAAGUAUGACACAUAUGGCUUUGGUUGAACUUGAGAAGGCUGGCUUUUUGAAGUUCGUUAUUAGCCAGAAUGUGGAUAGCCUACAUCUCCGAUCUGGAAUACCAAGAGAGAAACUAGCAAAAUUGCAUGGGAACUCCUUCAAGGAAAUUUGCUCCAAAUGUGGAGUGGAGUAUUUGCGGGAUUUUGAGGUGGAGACUAUUGGGUUGAAGAAGACAUCAAGGAGCUGUUCUGAUGUGAAGUGUGGGGCAAAACUUAAGGAUACUGUUCUUGAUUGGGAGGAUGUUUUGCCCCCGACAGAGAUGAAUGCAGCUGAGAAACAUUGUCGAAUGGCUGAUAUAGUAUUGUGUUUGGGGACAAGUUUGCAGAUCACUCCAGCUUGCAACCUCCCUUUAAAAUCUCUCCGUGGUGGGGGAAAGAUUGUGAUUGUUAAUCUUCAGCAAACUCCAAAAGACAAGAAAGCAAGUUUGGUGAUUCGUGGGCUUGUUGACAAGGUAAUUGCAGGGGUGAUGCACUAUCUUAAUCUACGGAUUCCUCCAUAUGUUCGAGUUGAUCUCUUCCAGAUCAUUUUUACUGAGUUCCAAGCCUUUUCAGAGAGAAAAUAUGCAAAAUGGUCCCUCAAAGUGACGAGUGUACAUGGAGAAAGAGCUCCAUUGCCAUUCAUUAUAUCAGUUGAGGUUUCUUUCCCAGAGAGACCAGAAUUAAAAACAUCUGUGCUACAUCAGCAACCGUUUCUGCUGAAAAGGGAAACGCUUAAAACAAGGCCAUUGAAAGUUGUCCUGAAGCUUAAUUUCAGUGAUGGUUGUGGCUGUCAAUGUAUCAGUAUUGAGUGCCCAGUUAAUUUUCAAGCACAGUUGGACAGUUUAAACCACGACAAGAAUGUCGUGAUUCAGAAGCUUAAGGACGCGGCAAUUCAAGAUCAAUGCUGUGGGCAGGUUUCAGUAGUGGAGAGAAAAAUUUGCUCAUACCCAAAAAAGGAAACUACUGUACAUGCCAUAGCUACAAACCUUAUUGGGUAUGGUGGUUCUUUACCAAGCUCUCAGUUACCUCUUGAAAGUAAAUACAAUUUGGCAAAAAGGCACCAGGAUAUGAAUGCCACUGAGGUACCCAUGAAGAAACUGAAAGCUCAUUGACAUGAUUUUAGCUCCUAGGGAUGACUUAGAUUUUUGGGAUGAUAUUACUUGUCGCGACUUAAGGAUGACUUAGAAAGUGUGAAGGUGAAAUGUGCAUGGAUCAUAGAGUCAUGGUGAAUUUUGGGUGCUAACAUUGUCAUCCUGGACUGUGAAUAUGAAGCGGGAAGGAACACAGUUGUUACCCUUUUUCUUGUAAAUUUUGUAGAUUGUUUGGUUAAUCUGUUUAAUGGAGAAAGGGUUUCUUUCAGCUA